GGAGAACGAUUGAGUAGUAGCAGAAGAACCUUGGACCCAGAAAAGUUGGUUUUGAUCCGAGAAAAUUGAGUAGAAAUCAUUGAAUCUGGCGGUAUUUUUUUAUUUUUUGCUUCAUUUAUAAAUUUUCAGUCUGACAAAUCACUAGAAACACCGAAACAUAUUCAUAAAGAGUGAUUGCAUAUACCAUGGGACAAGUGUUUAGUUUUACUAAUAUUUUUGGGAAGUUAUGGGGGAUGAACAAGGAGAUUAGAAUUCUUAUUCUAGGAUUAGAUGGUGCCGGUAAAACAACCAUUUUAUAUCGAUUACAAAUGGGAGAAGUUGUUACUACUAAACCAACGAUUGGGUUUAAUGUUGAAACAUUGAAAUAUAAGAACUUGACUCUUAAUAUAUGGGAUUUGGGUGGACAAACAUCUAUUAGACCAUAUUGGAGAUGUUAUUAUAAUAAUACUGCAGCCGUGAUAUUUGUGGUUGAUUCAACCGAUAAAGACCGUAUUGACGUUGCUUGUAAAGAAUUACAUAUGAUGUUAAGAGAAGAAGAAUUGCUAGAUAGUGCUCUUUUGGUAUUUGCUAAUAAACAAGAUCAGCCAGGGGCUAUGACUGCAGCCGAAGUCUCCCAGGCCCUUAAUUUGACUGAUUUGAAAGAUAGAAGUUGGAGUAUCGUGGCCUCUAGUGCCAUCAAGGGUGAAGGGUUGACCGAAGGGUUGGACUGGUUGAUGGACGUCAUCAAGGAUGAACAAUUGUAAAAUAGUUUUUAGUUUUUAUGUCAAUAUAUUAUGGUACAGAUUUUUG